UGGAGCGGCUGCAGGUCGCGCGGGGGGAUGGAGGCAGAUGAGGCGCUGCUGGUGCCGCUGCGGGAGCUGGGGGUGCCCGAGGCGGCGGCGCGCCGGGCGCUGGCCCUGACCGGGAAUGUGUCCGCGGAGGCGGCGGCGCAGCUCUACUUCGGCGGCCUGGAGACGCAGGAGCAGGCGGAUGGCGGCGGCUGCUACAAGAUGGUGUUUGUGGUGAACACGGAGCUCGCCAUGGGCGUCGGGAAGAUAGCAGCCCAGGUCGGACAUGCAGCUGUUGGCCUGUACCAGUUAAUACAGGAAAAAUCCACUGGGAGGGAAAUGAUCUCUCAGUGGGAUGAAUAUGGUGCGAAGAAGGUUGUAGUUCAAGGAUCAAACACUGCCCACCUGAUGGAUUUGCAAGCAUUGGCUUUGAGCCUGGAGCUGCCAACAUACUUGGUGCAGGAUGCAGGGAGAACACAGGUUCCAGCUGGAUCUUACACUGUCCUUGCCAUUAUCGGAGAAGAAGAAAUAGUGAAUCAGGUGACUGGGAAGCUGAGGCUGUUGAACUGAGAGCAGCACCAAAGCCUAUUAUUGUGCGCUGUACCUGACUACACACCGUGGAAUUUGCAAGCAACCUAUAUGCAACAUGGAGAAAGAAGCACCUGUUAACAGCAUCUCAGGUCCUUCAUCGAGUCAUGGGAACCAGACAGCUACUCCCCUUUCUGUCUGCUGAAGCUGCAGGGGAGGCAUGAUGCUAGGGUGAGGAGGCAGCACUCUUCCUUCCAUUUGAGGGAGUCUGUCUUGCUAGACCAGGACUGAGAGAGGUAGUAUUGCUGCGCUACUGCAGGUGGAUUAGAGAGACUGCUGCACAUUUCUACCUCUAGCUUCCCUAGAAAUUGUCUUGGAAAAACAAGGCUUGUAUUUUCUGAAACGUGCUUAUGAACAAGAUGAAAUUCUGACAGAGACCUUGCCUUUCCUUGAAAUCUCUGUGGUGAGCUUGUGGCUCUGUUCAUUCCCACUGUUCCCACCCUGAAAUUCUAGAGUUCUAUUGAAAUCCAGGGAAUGUGCACUGCCAUGCUUAGGAUGGGAGGGCUUUUAAUUUUUGUGGAGGUAGGUGUAUGUCCUUUAAUCUCUUGCAUAAAAAUGGGUUUCAAAUAUUGGAUGAUUAAAUGACUAAGAACAUACCCAGUUGUACUAGGUAGGUUUAUGGGGGUCAGCUAGAUCUGAAGGGAGAAUAAACCCUCCUGUUUCAGAGCUGGGAAGAAAUUUCCCUUAUGGGCAGGUUAUUCCAUAAUUGCCUUCUACAGGAAUUUCUUGCACUUACAUAUCUGAGACUGGCCAUUGUCAGAGAGGAUAUAGGACUAAAUAGACCCUUGGUUUGGCAAUUCCUAUCCUUCUAAAGCCUAUUCUGGCAGUAUAAACUGAACAGUGGCACAGAUGCAGGCUUGAUCUUGUUAUGAAAUGUACUGUUGAAAUAAUUACUCUAGGUGAGGAAAAUGGGCAUUAAAUUAGGAUUAAUAUUUCACAUUCAAGAGGGGAGGGAGGUAAUUUUUUCCCCCAGCCCUAACAUCCUGCUUUUAGGUCUUGGUUGUGGUUUUGUAGCACAUGUGCUUAGGUGGAAUUUCUAGUGAACUUUAUUCAAUCCAGUUGGUAGAAAAUAGUCCUGGGUGUUUUGGGCGACAGUAAUGGCUUUUAGUUAUGUGUAGGCUUGGCUGAUUGUGUCUGUAGGUACUGGCCCAUGGCGGCAGCAUCCAAGUUUGCAUGGUUCAAUAAUGUUUUUUUUCCUCCUCCCAUCAUAACCCCUCCAUUCCCAGUACACCGUACACACAGUUCCGGAAUUGGAAGAGGUGAAACUGGCUGUCCCAUGAAGUGGAACUUAAUACCUGUGGCCUGAACUUCCCAGACACCUUGUUUUUAAAUGUUACAUGUACUGAGAGGGGAAAGAAGCAGAGGCAUUGCUUUGUCAUUAGGCUUGUGACCAGAACCUGCUCAGACCUCCUGUAUUCCUAUGGAGAGGCUUUUGGCUUACAGGAUAUGGUCUCCACAUUAAACUUGGAUGCUUGUUAAUAAGCAAGGUGUUGA